AUGCCCGUUCCAAAUAUUAUCAAACAUAAAAAGAAAAAGAGAAGAGUUAAGAAAGUGAUCCCUGUUCCAGAGGAUAUUGAGAGUCAAGAAGAUGACUCGGACGAAGAAGAAAUUGAUGGUUUCAGUGGAAUUAUUGAAUAUUUCGAAGAAUCAAUUGAUAUUUGGUCAUUUCUAUCAGCCACAAUUUACUUUCUGCUUUCUUUUGCACUUCCAUUUUUGAACAAGACCCUUUUGGUCAGCUUUAAUUUCCACGGCAUCAUCUUUUUGCUUCUGAUCCAAUGCUUGGUCACGAUCUCAGUUUUGGACAUCACUUCAAAUUUUUCUAAAAUCUUCACACGAAAGAUCUCGCCUGUUGACUGCUUCUGUUGUUGGAAGCUUUCUUUAUAUUCCUGUGGCAAUGUGUACUUUUCGCUGCAUUCCUUGAGAGGAUUGAACAUAGCAGUUAUUGACAUGAUAAAGCGACUGGGGCCCCUAGUAAACCUCUUCCUUUCUGGGGCUGUUCUUCAGCGUAAAGUGACCCUCGAUUAUUCGUCCAUUGCGAUAGCGAUGACAACAUUUGGCUGUUUUAUCGGAAUAAUGGGGACAACCCUCGGAAAGGCCACCCUUGGACUAUAUGGCUUAGUAUUCAUUGCUGUACUUUUGCAGAGUCUUUAUCAGACGGAAGCUGAGCGUCUUGGCACUGUGAAAGGAUUUUCAAGCUGGGAUAUGCUUUACAUCAACUCAGUCAAUUCACUUCCAGUUCUGAUGUUCCUGGCAAUUUUGAGCUGGCCAGAAUUCUCCAAAAUAUUUCAUUCUGACUUGUGGCGCGACCAUACAUUUGUCUUUCUCUUCCUGCUCGUCGUUUUCUGUGGAUUCUUCUUGAACGCAGCGCUUUUUGCCUGUUUGAAGUUCAACACCGCGAUUACGACUUCGGUGGUGGGAACCUUGAAGGGCAUACUUGCUGCGUUCGUUAGUUUAUUCGGCUAUGACAAGCCCAAAGUAGCUCACCAAUUUCUUGUGGGCCUCUCAAUGAAUCUCGUUGGAGCUCUUUCUUAUGUGCACUCGAAGCUCCUUGCUCAGCGGGCAAAAUAA